AUGGAAAAUACAUAAUAAUACUUAUUGACAAAAACAAUUCCUUAAUUAACCUGCGAAAAUUAAAAAGUCUAAUAAUUUAGCAAUUAAGUGGAUAAAUUAAGGGAUGAUUUCGAAGAUAUGAAAAGAGCCAGAGAGGAGGCAAAAAAACAAUUGGAAGCAAAAUUUUAAGAUGUAUAUAGAAAAAUUUAAAAUACAAGAGAGUUUUAAUAAUCUGAAGCUAAAAGAAUUAAUGAUACAUUAUUAGCAUUUGAUUCGAAAUUCGAAUCAUUAAUAUAAAUUGAUAGAACGCAUUUUUAAACUUAACAUGAUAAUCAUAAGGCUGAAGUAUUAGAAAGAUUUAAAACAAACGAAGAAUAGUUACAUAAUCUAGAUAUAAAAAUAGACAUAGAAAGAGAAGAAAGAAUAAAAUAAUCAGAAGAAGCACUAAGGGAAACAAGAUAAUAACUAUCAUGUAUUAUAUAUUAUUUUUAACUAAAAAAUAAAAAAUAAAAAAUAGAACUAUUUAUUAUUAUAAAUAAUGAAAAAAUCGAUCGAGUAUAAAAAGAAAAAGAAAUAUUAAGAAAAUUAGACGACCAUGUAUUUUUUAUUUCAUAAAUUUUAGAUAAAGGAAAAACAUAAAGAAUUUUAUAAACAAAAGAUUUAAGAAAUCAUAUAGAUUUUGAAAUAAAAAUACAAAGAAAAUAUAAUGAAGAUUUCCAUAUAAAAACUAUUGAUGAAUUUAAACAUGUCAUUAAUAGUAUAUAAUUAGAAAUGGAUAAUAGAUUUGAUCAUUAAAAUUAAAAUUUAGAUAAUUUAUCGAAAUUAGUUAAAAUAAUGUAGGAUACUUUAAAGGUUAUCGGAAAAGAUAGUUGA